GAGAUAAUUCACGAUCUGCACCUGCGCGCCGGACGUUUUCCCCCUUCAGCCGGUACGGUACUUUUUGCUUCUCGGGGAGGGCUCGAAGCCGGCACGCUCGUGCAUCGGGCCCGCCUUCUGUGGGGGACAAACGUGAAUCAUCCGAGCUUAGUCAGGGCGGGUGGUUGGCGAAGCCGCCGGAAAGACGAGCCUUUUUCUGCUGUGCCUCUCGCUCUCAAAUCUGGAAGUGAAGCUUGGGGAGGGAGGCGGAAGCUCGCUCUCCUCGCUUUGGGAGAAGACUCGACCCACGCCCCAGGCAGGCAGAUAGGGAGAAGGCCCUUCCUCUGCGCCCCGGACGAUCCUAGCCCGGGUUUCUACCCCCUCCCAGCGCGCGGCUGAUGUGCACGAAGAUGGAGCAGCCUUUCUACCCUGACUCCUUUUUCUCCGGCUAUAGUCAGGACUACAAGACGCUCAAGUCGGGCAUGGCCCUGAACCUGUCGGCCGAACCGUUCCGCGGGCUGAAGUCCCAGCUCCCGCAUCAUCUGCGCGGUCAAGAGGACGGUCCGGCGAGCUACUUUCCGGGCUCCCUUCAGCCGCAGGCCGAGACCGGCAGCUCCUCACUCAAGCUGGCUGCCCCAGAACUGGAGCGCCUCAUCGUCCAGAACAGCAACGGCGUGAUCACCACCACUCCCACGCCGCCGGGCCAGUACUACUACCCGCGCGGGGCCACCGAGGAGCAGGAGGGCUUCGCCGACGGCUUCGUCAAGGCGCUGGACGAUCUGCACAAGAUGAACCACAUGCCGCCUCCCAACGUCUCGAUCGGGGCGGUGGCGGCGGCGGCGGCGGCGGCGGCUUCUUCGGCCAGCAGCGGCUACGGGGCCUCCCUGCCUCAGGAGCCGCCUCCCGUCUACACCAACCUGACCAGCUACAACCCCGCCGGCACCCUGAGCAGCUCAUCCAGCUUCCCCAGCGCCAACCUCAGCUACAUGCCGCAGUCUCACGGCUUGCCCCUGGCCCACUCGGCGAGGGGCUUCAAAGAGGAGCCACAGACCGUCCCGGAUGUGCAGAGCCCGCCCGUGUCGCCUAUUAACAUGGAAGAUCAGGAGCGCAUCAAGGUAGAGAGGAAGCGGCUGCGCAACCGUCUGGCCGCCACCAAGUGCCGGAAGAGGAAACUGGAGCGUAUCGCUCGGCUGGAGGAGAAGGUGAAGACCUUGAAGAGCGAGAACGCGGGACUGUCCAACACAGCCAGCGCGCUGCGGGACCAGGUAGCGCAGCUGAAGCAGAAAGUCAUGAACCACGUGAACAACGGCUGCCAGCUCCUUUUGACGGCCAAGAUGCAACAGACCUUCUGAUGAGGGGUGGGGACCAAGCCGAUCGGCGCCGCCUCAGAGACCUUUGUUUUGGUGGGUGGGGGGAGGCGAGAAGCGGACUUGUUUUGUCGCAAAGGUUUACACGGAACCGGACUGACACGCCGAGUUCCCCAAUUCUUUUGUCCUGCAGGCCUAUUUUCCAAGUUAUGUCUGUGACUCUCAGUCUGGUGGAUCCAGAACUUCGAUCCGUGCUGAGCGUGUACGAGGUUUUUUUAUAUCUGCAUGUGAGAGAGGUUUUGUGCGUGUGUGUGCGCGCGUGUGUAUUUAAAAACAAAAGCCUUUUUCCCUCUCUGCAUCGCUGGAUGGUGCAGCAGAACCGGAGGUACUCUGGACAGAGCCAAAAACUGGCCUUCUGCUCUCUUUCUUGUGCCAGUAGAAAAGGAGGCGAUCUCUUAAUUUAUAAUUGAAACAAAGGGACCAGAAAAGUUUGACUGGGAAGCGAUACGAUCUCAGCUCAGCUGUUCUCCCAGAAGGUCACUGCAUGGACACAGGGAUCACUGUGGAGGGAGAAGGGCAUUGUUUACUACUUGUGCUCUUAUUUGUUUUGAGUCCUCAAAUUCAGUUUCCCCCCCCCAAAAGAUUGUAUUUGUGUGUUUGACUUUUUAUUGAAACUAUUUAAGUAAACAUGUUCUAACUA